CUCUUCUUUGUCAAAAUUCGUGAGAAAACUUCUCAUCUUUCCCUUUUCUCUCUUCACCAUGUCUACUCCUUUCUAGAAUCAACCACCCAUGAACAGAUCUCGAUCCUCUCAAUCGAGUUUCUCAAACUCUCUUCCAUCUCCAUAGAUCUAAUCGAUUCGAAUCGGACUCUAAGAAGAAGAUCCGCGAUUUUAUUUAUAGUUUUUAAGACAAAGGGAGUAAAAACGCUGUCGUAUAACGGAUAGAUGCCUUCCGUGGGUAUGAGACGAACCACUAGGGUUUUCGGAGUCGUUAAAGCCGGAGACGGAGCUCGGGUCCUCCGCUCGGGUCGUCGGAUAUGGCCCAACUUCGACGAGCCUAAGAUCAAGCGAGCCCACGACGUUGCGGAUCCUGAUUGGAAUUACAAUCCCAGCAAGGGCAAAGGGGACAAAAUCACGACCGAGAAACACGACAAAGUUGAAGACUUUCCUGUCGUGAAACGGAGGAAAGUGAGAACAGAAGCUGUUGGUGCUGUAGAUAAGCUGUUUGGGAUUGUAUAUAGUAGGAAAAGGAAGAGACUUUCUGACGAAUCAAAGGAGACAACACUUCAAAGCCUCAAGUUUUAUCGCAGGCGGACAAGACACUCCGACCAUGUUUCUCCUGUGGUUACUCUUAGAGUAGAUUGGUCUUGUGAUGGAUCGUGGUUGUCUACUGUUUUUGGUUUGGUAAUGAGGUACUUGAAGAGAGAACAUCUGAGAUUGGAUUCACUUGCUUCUUUCUUUUUGUCUCAACCUAUCAACGACGUGUUUGCAGAUCAUGGCGUGAGGUUUCUUGAGGAGUCUCCUCUUAGCUCAAGUGGUGUAUGCAAGUUCUUUGGGGGCAUAGAUUGUCUUCCUCUCUUGUCAGCUGAUUUUACUGCCAUUCCUCGAUGUUUCAUGGAGAUGCAUUUUGCUAUGUUCCUCAGAGUGGAACUAAGCUCAUUUGCUUUCGUUAUGAGGUCUAUCUAUUUGCUAAACAGUCCAGUUGAAGAAGCUGAUUCAGAGUCUGAGUUAGUUUCAUCUACACAUCCGAGGAUCAAUGGAGGGUUGCAUCCUUUAGUGACAGUGAGAAUCUCGAAUGCUCAAUAUAGAGGGAGCUUAGGUUUUAAUAGUAUCCAGAAGAGGAGGAGAUCUUUAAGAAGGAGAAGAGCAAGGAAUCUUUCGCAUAGUGGACACAAGUUGUUGUACAAUGGAACAGUAGCAGUAUCGUCGAGAAAGCUUCGAAGCUCCGUGGUGCUUAAUAACUCGUCUCCGGGUUCAAAUGUGAUUAGCGUCACUCCAAGACCGUUGACAAGAGAGGAACUUGAUUCUCUGUCUUGUUCUGUGAAUAUUUUGGUUUUGGAUUCAGACAGAUGCACCAGAGAAGAAGGUUUUAGUGCAACGUUGGAGUUUGUUUCUUCAAAGGAGUGGUUCAUUGUUAUCAAGAAAGAUGAGACAAUCAGAUACAGCAUCAAGGCACGGAAGACUAUGAGACCUUGCUCAUGCAACAGGUUUACACAUUCUAUAGUAUGGGUAGGGGAUAAUGGUUGGAAGCUUGAGUUUUGCGAGAGACAAGAUUGGGUUGGUUUUAAGGAGAUUUAUAAAGAAUGCUAUGAACGGAAUGUUUUAGAACAGAAUGCGAAAGUCAUUCCUAUACCUGGUGUAAGAGAAGUGUGUGGGUAUGCUGAUGCUUUCUCCUCCUUUUCUAUGCCGGUUCCUUAUAUAUCUGUGAAAGAAGAUGAGGUUUCAAGGGCCAUGGCUCGAAGGACUGCUAUUUAUGACAUGGAUUCGGAAGAUGAAGAGUGGCUGGAGAGGCAGAACGAAGAAAUGCUUGUUGAAGAAGAUGAACAACUUGGGCAGGAUACUUUUGAGUUGAUGAUUGAUGGGUUUGAGAAGUGUUACUUCCAUAGCUCUGCCGAUGAACUCUUGGACGAGAAAGCAGCUAGUGUAGCGAGUCUUUCGUAUCUGGCUAGGCAAGAAGUGGUUGAAGCAGUGUAUGAUUACUGGUCAAGGAAAAGAAAGCAGAGGAAAGCACCACUUCUCAGAGUUUUCCAGGGUCAUCAAGCGAAGAAGACUUCGGUGUUUUUAAAACCUGUGUUUCGGAAGAGAAGAUCUUUCAAAAGACAGGGGAGUCAACUCAAUGGAAAAUCCAAACAGCCAAGUCUUGUGUCUGUAAAGGCUGCUGAACAAGAAGCUUGUGAGGAACAAAACGUUGUUCUUAGAGUGAAAGAAGCCAAGGCCUUGGCUUAUACAUCAAUGGAGAUUGCCAUGUUCAAAAGAAGAAGAGCUCAAGUUCUAGCAGAGAAUGCAGAUUUGGCUCUUUACAAAGCCAUGAUGACUCGUAAGAUUGCACAAGCCAUGAAAGUAGCUGAUUCAAGCGGCGAGGUGGUCUCAUCCCUUUUCUUGAACUGAUAAUAUUUGGUAAAGAAUAUAGAAUUGCUAGGCAAAAAUGUUUACUUGAAUUGAAUCAAAAAGCUCGGUUCUUUUUGAAACAUGAUAAGUUUAUGUAACUUCUGUUUAUGUGUAUAGUUUAUCUACGCUAGAGAUUGUAAAUGACUUUAGAUUUUUCCUUUUCUAAAGGUUUUAUUUGAUAAAUAUAACUAAUAUUAAUC